AUUACUUGGCAACGACGGCCGCACUCGCCUGCGCUAGUGAUCUUUCUCAAAUCAUGUCGCGCUAGAGCCCACUCCCGGUACUGGGCCAACGGGAGUUAUGUGAUACACGACUACACCUUCCACUCGAGUACCGCCGAAACGGAAACCUAGUUUGUGAUAAGUUAUAUUAAAAAUAUUAUGAUAUUCAACUAUCAUGUAAUUUAUCCCGGCUAAAGUGUAUUGUUCGAUUACGAGUAUGGCCAACGUGAGCGCCGCCGGUGGAAGUGCUCCGAGCCCUCGGCGGCAGAGGUACACGCGGGCGUCCACCACUAGUGUGACUCAACUUUUGUCCGACGGAUAUUCGAGUAUUAUGAAUCGACUCACGCGAAGAGGACCCUCGGAGAAGAGUGACCACAUCGUCGAUUCGAAGCUCAGCAUUUCGCGCCCUCGAUUCGAUGACAAGUUUUCUAAUAAAAAUUCUGUUUUGGCGAAUGUGCGUCGUUACGAGAAUAAUAGACGGAUAUCUCCGUACACGUUCACGUCGAGUGUAUCGGCUAAGAAGCUCAACGACGACAGAGCCUACUCGAGUUACCUGAGCUCGUCCAAGCCGCGCGUGGACGCCUCGCCUGUGCUCCCCAACUCGGGUGUCAGCGCUCUCAACCGCACCGACUCGUUUAGGAGGGCACACCUGAAAGAUGCCAAACUAUCACCCUGUACGAAACGAAUUCCUCUCAAGGAGACCAAUAACAAUAUCGCCAGUAGCACCGUUACAUUAGGUACGACGCGAAGUCGCCUGGAGGACAAAUAUUCGUCCGUUUUAGAUAAAAUAGCCGUCCAGAAAAAGGAGAGGGCGCGGAAAGAGAAGGAGGAUCGUGACAAAACUCUCGAACCGGAAAUUAAUUUUUCGCGAGGCCUCAUGAGGAGUUUAACUACGGCAGUUUUCGGCGAAAACUCCUUCAGAAGAAAUAAUUACUCGCGUGAAAAAACCAGAGACAAAACGCCUUUUAAAAAUGGCCCCGAUCGCCGCUUAUCGUCGAGUCACAAGCAGUUCGAUAAAAACGAGUACAAAAAUGGGUUCGACGUGACCCUCAGGGAACGUCCCCACUUCGGUAAGGACAGAGAUAGCAUUUAUCGCCGACAUCAAAGGAGGUCACUUCGGGCCGCAAAAAGUGUAACCGAUAGAACCGAAGGAAAGCUGUCCUUGAGACCCGUCGACAUCGACAUACAGCCGAGCACCAGGGACCUGGUGUCUCCCUUGCAACAGAACAACACGACCGCAACUAAGCCGGUGAUUAAAACACCUGCGUCAUCUCCGGUGAACGAAAUUGGCAGACAGAAACAAAUAUACUUUCCAUCUAGCGACGAGGAUGACGAUAAAACUCCCGUGGGCGAUCGCGUUCUCACCGAGAGGGAAACGAGACGGAAGGAGAUUCAGAGCCUCAUAAUGAAGUACGCUCACCUGGAUGAGGUUUACGGUCGCAUGGACAAGGAGCAGAACGGGGUGACGAGCGAUGCGCUAGCUCCUAAGAUGCCGGAACCCAUCCAGCCGAUAAACGUCGGGGAUAUCGUGGCCCUGCCGCCAGAGCUGCGCAGCCGGCAGCGGCCGCAGAAGGCGCGGCACCACACGAGGCGCGCGGCCACGCCGCCUAGCUCCCGGGCCCGCUCCUCCGUCAAGGACGACAAGGAUGGACACCUGGUGUACUGGCCCGGAUAUGUCAUGGGAGCGAGAUACAAAAUCAUCGAGACACUCGGUGAGGGCACUUUUGGCAAGGUCGUCGAGGUGAAAGAUUUACAAAUGGAGCACAGGAUGGCUCUGAAAAUAAUAAAGAAUGUUGAGAAGUACAGAGAGGCUGCAAAAUUAGAAAUAAACGUACUAGAGAAAUUGGCUGACAUCGACCCUGACUGUAAUAAUUUAUGUGUGAAGAUGUUGGACUGGUUCGAGUACCACGGCCACAUGUGUAUCGCCUUCGAGAUGCUGGGACAGAGCGUGUUCGAUUUUCUCAAAGACAACAACUACCAACCUUACCCGCUGGAGCAAGUCCGCCACAUCUCGUACCAGCUCAUAUACAGCGUGCUGUUCCUGCACGAGAACAAACUGACGCACACCGAUCUCAAACCAGAGAACAUACUGUUCGUGGACAGCGACUACGAAGUCGUCAGUGUAUAUAAUAGUUCUAAGAAGAAGCACGACCUGCGGCGCGUGAAGCGCAGCGACGUGCGUCUGAUCGACUUCGGCAGCGCCACGUUCGACCACGAGCACCACAGCACCAUCGUCUCCACCAGGCACUACCGCGCGCCGGAGGUCAUAUUAGAGCUGGGUUGGGCGCAGCCGUGCGACGUGUGGUCCAUCGGGUGCAUCAUGUUCGAGUUGCACCUGGGCAUCACGCUGUUCCAGACGCACGACAACAGAGAGCAUCUCGCCAUGAUGGAGCGCAUCCUCGGACCCAUACCCUACAGAAUGGCUCGCAAGACUAGGACAAAAUAUUUCUACCACGGUAGAUUAGACUGGGACGAGAGAACGUCGGCGGGCAGAUAUGUUAGAGAAAAUUGUAAACCACUUUUGAGGUACCUGCAGAGCAACAGCGAGGAGCACCGGCAGCUGUUCGACCUGAUCGUGCGCAUGCUGGACUACGAGCCCAGCCAGCGCAUCACGCUGCGGGACGCACUCAAACACCCCUUCUUCAGCAAACUGCCGCCGCACCAGAGGCUAGGCAGUGACCGGUCGCGGGGCAGCGUGUCGGGCGCGUCGGGCGUGUCGGCGUCGCGGUCGCGGUCGCACUCGCUGAGCAGGUGAGCCCGCCCCCCGCGCCCCGCCCACACCGCCCUCCGCGCCCGCACCGAAACACACCGCGUCAUAUUCUCUCGUAUGUGUUCAAUGGAUUCGCGAGGGAUGAUCGACUAUAUUUUUAGUAAGCUGACGAAAAUUAGCAUGUUCUCACUGUAAAUAUAUCGAUGGGCUGUGCUACGGUCGGCCGGCCGCGACCGCGUGUCGGCGAUGGACUUGUACAUUUGUUAUGAUAAAGUGAUAAGUGAUAUAAUUAUUUUGUCGGACGUUGUUGUAUCCUAGAUAAUAUUUUGUCGUGAAAUCGGUCCUUCUCAAUUUUUAUUUAUAAUAACUAUUCGAAAUAAAGACUGUCAGUCUGA